UCGACUGAUUCUCCUGAAUCAGGAGAAGACCUGAUCGAGCUGACUUCAGUUUAUCGUGAUGGGCAAGAUAAGCAAAGGAAAUCUCCAAAGUAUUUGUUAAAGGCUAUAAUUACUGGUGAGGUGUUCCUGGUUGAAGAAACUGUGAAACUGCCUGAAAGCAUUUUGCACAUUUUGGGUAGAAAUGAGAUCCAAGAAGCAAUCCACAGAACAUCAGAUCCUGAAAAGUUUGAAACUGAUUUGAUAACAGCCUUAAGUCAUUUCAUUAGGCAGACUCACCAUACUGUCUUCACUUGUGGAAUCAUUCCUGUUGUAGUCAAAAGCCCCACUGAAGCUCUUAUACAUAGCAGGCACUCCAAGUUUGUAGUGAUAGUUUUGCCGGACAGUGAUCCUACCCUGAUCAGAAAAGUUAGGUCAGCUGAUGGCAUCAACUGUCAAACACCAGUGAUUGUCAUUUCAGUGGCUGAUAUUUUACCAGAAAGCACUUUGCACAUGUUGGGCAGAAAUGAGAUCCAAGAAGCAAUCCAUAGAACAUCAGAUCCUGAAAAGUUUGAAACUGAUUUGAUAACAGCCUUAAGUCAUUUCAUUAGGCAGACUCACCGUACUGUGGACCAGGGACUGUCAUUGUUACCUAUGCCAGUCCCAGUCUGUUGGAGUACCGCACCUUCGCAGUAUACCUCAGCUCUUGCACACCCAUUUGAACAUCCAGAGGGAACAGGUUUGACGACUGGUUUAGUAAAUUAUGCACCAAGAAAGCCAAUUCUUACUCAAAUUCAAGAUCUCAGUGAAAAAAGGUUCGUAGACCAAGUUCAGGAAUCUAGGAACCUAUUGGUAAGUGGCCAGACUGUGACUCAAGUCAUGAACCAAGGACUGGCUACUCCUAAAGCCCCUCCUUCUAUGGGACUUGGUACUCAAGAAAAUUCAGAAGCAGUGUUACCUGGUAUUGAGACACUUUUGAAUGCCAUUCAAGUGGUGGAAGGUGAAUCUCCAGCCACCGAUAAUGAAGCUCCUUGUUUCACAAAGAUCACAGCUCUUAAUGCUCCUGACUCUGUUAAAUCAAGUUCAACACAGACGUUUAAACAGGAAUGGUGUGAGGUGUUCAACAUGAAUGCCCCUUCCGAUGCUAAUUAA